CGAUAUCUACUAAUCUUUUUUUCUUUGGUUUGUGGGUAAUUCGGCUUUUAGGUAACAGGCGAGGACACCAACAAGGAAUUGCUUUCUGUGAUAAACAGAGUGGGCAUCCUAAAAACAUUGAUGUAAUUACGAGGGAAUAAAUUAUUAUUGCUGUACGAAGUCCGUACAUGUCCGUAUGUGUAAAUGUCAUACUUUCGGACCGGAAAUGAAGGUAAAUUACGGACCGGAAAAAAGACGGUAGUCUGUUUGCUGUAAAUAGUUUUGAUUACUAGACAGUAAAUCGCGAUAUUCUGGGAAAGAAAAAAGAAGAAGAACGAAAUGGCGACUCCACCUUCAUCCUUUCAGUGUGACAUAUGCUCAAAAUCGUUUUCGAAAGCGGUUUAUCUUAAAAAACACAAGAUAAUUCACACUGGAGAUAAAAGAUUCCGAUGCGAGUUCUGUUCGAAGACGUGUCUGCGAAAUGGCGAUCUUAAAAAACACAUGGUGAAGCACACGGGCGAACGGCGAUACCAGUGUGAUGUGUGCGCCAAGACGUUCUCGCAGGGAUGUCACCUCAAAGAACAUCUGUUGGUCCACUCUACGGAGAAACCGGCCAGCUGUAACAUCUGCUGGAAGUGUUUCAAGGACAGUCGCAGUCUCAGAAGACACAUUCUGGUUCACACGGGACAGAAACCGUUCCGGUGUUACGAGUGCUGCAAGACGUUUUCCCGGAGUGCGGAUCUGAGAACUCACAUGUUGGUCGUUCACUGCGGGGAACAGAUCUACUGCUGCGGGGAAUGUUCGAGAACGUUCGCCUCACAAGACUCAUUGAAGCAACACAUGAAAGUUCACACAGCAGAAGCGUCAUCAGAAUCUGUUGAUGCUCCUACGCAAGGUUUGAAAGAUGACGCUUCGCCUACAGAACAGUCAUCAGUUUCUGGAGAGCUGGAGAUUUUUAUGUGUAGUGAAUGCUUCAAAUGUUUUUCUACAGAUGCUGUUCUGCAGAAACAUUUGUUGGUUCAUGUUGAGGAUGGUUUUGAUGAUACCAUUGUAGAUAUGGGCGACGCUGAUUCAGAUAAGUUAAAACAGAAUGGCAAUCAUAAACUCUGUCUACCGUCCUGGACUGGUAAAAGACUUUUCAAAUGUAGCAGCUGCUCGGAAUGUUUUUCUGAAGACUGUAUGUUAAGACAACACAUGUGGGUUCACGACAAUGAAAAACAUUUGAAAUCUUCUAAAGAUAGUUGUGUAACAUCAAAAAAACGUGUAAUUAAUACUACAAGAAAACGAUCAGAUCAAGGUGAAUGCUUUGACAAUCAUGCAAUACCAAAAAAACUCAUGGUACAAAAGCAUUCUGAUAAUAAAAAAUCAAUUAAAGAUGGUCGUAAGCCGUUAACAAAAAAACACAUGGUGAUGCAUCCUGAAGAAGAACGGUUGGAUUAUGUUGAAGCCUCAACUGUGAUUCGUUCUGAUACAAACAAUCUGGAUCAUGAAAACUCUCCAAAAAGUGAUGAUGAUGCUGAAUCGGAGAAUGCGGAAGAUGUCGGCAAUUCAGAACCCUCUUUCUCAAACUGUACUGACGACAAACCUUUCAUAUGUGACGAAUGCUCCAAAAGCUUUUCCAAAAAUAGUGUUUUGAAGGAACACAUGUUGUCGCAUGCCAGCAAGAAAGAUUCAUACCAUGAGGACCUUUCAAAGAAAGGUGAUGCUCCAAAACGCUCUGGCCGUAGCCGUAAAAGUUUGAUACCGAAACGACACCUGGCGAUUGAUGUGGAAGAGUAUUUGGAUUAUGUGGAAGAAUCAAACAUGGAUGGUGGAUCGGACUGUUAUGAAGAGAAUGGCAUGCUGAAAAGCACUGAAAACAAACCUUUCACGUGUGACAAAUGCUCCAAACACUUUUCUGAAGAGAGCCACCUCAAACAACAUGUGAAGGUCCAUGGCUAUAAAACAGAUUUGGAUCAUAUGAAGACUGAUAUCGACUACUGCAAAGAACGUGGCGUAACGAUACCAUAUCUACCAGCUCGUACUGAAGAUGACCUGUUUAAGUGUGGCAUUUGCUCUCAGAGUUAUUCCGAAGAAAGUGACCUGAAAGAACACAUGAUGACACAUGUCAAGGAAGAAGAUUUUGAUCGUGUGAAACCUUCAAAUAGUGUGACUGAUGACGAAGGCGAUCUCUAUAAAUGUGGCAUUUGUUCCCAAAGCUUUUCUGAGGAGGCCGUCUUGAAAUGUCACAUGAUGAUCCAUAUGGAAGAGGAAUCAUUGGAGGAUCCUGACCAUGUUGAGGGUGAUUUGGUUUCCAGGCAGAACGAGGUAAUUCCGUCCGCAGAUGGACUCUUCCGAUGUAGCCAGUGCUCCAAGGUGUUCCCUUCGAGUUACAGUCUGAGAAAACACAUGCCUGUGCAUACUGGUGUCCGUCAGUUUGAGUGCGACAUGUGUUCGAAAACGUUCACUCUUGGCGAGUAUCUCCGCGCUCACAAGCUCGUAGUGCACAGCGACAAGAAACCGUACAUUUGCGGCGUGUGUUCAAAGUCGUUCGCCUUCAACGCGACGCUCAAGACUCAUAUGAUGGUUCACACAGGACACCGACCCUAUCAGUGUGAGACUUGCUCAAAAUCCUUCACACUGAAGGGAAAUCUAAAGAGACACAUCUUCCUUCAUUGUAAUUGAUGAGCACUACAGGUGUGAACAGAAAUUAAAAAUAACUUUUUCCUAAUAAUAAUUGUAACUAAUUCUACAGUACGUAACUCGACAAUAGUCAGCUAAUAACAGGGUUCUUACGUGUCCUGGAAAUCAUGGAAUCAUGUUCUUGAAUUUUUUGAUUUUAAAAUCUAGGCCUGAUAUGUCCUGGAAAAAGCAUUAAACUUUAUUAUGUCCUGGAAAUUUAGUCAGGGCUAACUCUGGCUUUCGCCAAAUUCGUCUAUUGUGAAUUUCAAAAAUAAUUGGCAAAUUUUAUUUUAAUUUGGCGAAAUAAUUUCAUGAAAUAAAUGGUUUUGUUGGAAAA